AGAUGAAUCAACGACCAUCAACAUUCUAACAAUUAGGGUUUAGAGAAAGUCCCCAACUUUAUCAAGGAUUCAAGCUAACAAAUGCCCGAGUAGUGGUGAAAAUAACCAGGGAUUGUUAAGCACUCGGGAUCCGUUCAGACAUAACCCUGAGUUAGUAAAAGUUAUAGACGAACCGGUUGACUACAAGGUUGACAAUUCAGUUGGGAAGUUAUUUCAAGAAGAUUGUUAUGAUCCGAUUCAGAUUGAGCUGAAGAAGCAGAAGAACAGAGGAUUCAGAUUCAGAAAGUAGCGAUUUUUCGAUUUAAAGAGAGAGAUCGAGGCUUUCAGUUCAUAUGCUGUUCUGAAGCUUUUGAUCUAAAAAUCACAAAGACAACAUAGAAGGAUGUGGAGAUGGUCUGGUGGCCUCAGAUUUUUUUUUCUUCUUGCUGCAAUCGCAUUCAUCUAUACCCAGGUGAGGCUGUUUAAGGCACAGUCUGAGUAUGCCGACAAAGUUGCAGCUGCGGUGGAAGGGGAAAAUCAUUGCACGAGCCAGAUGCGGUUACUGAUUGAUCAGAUAAGCAUGCAGGAGGAAAAGGUUGUGGCUUUGGAAGAAAAAGCGAAACGCCAAGAAGAGGAGUGUGAACAAUUGAGGACACUUGUUCAAAAUCUUGAAAGGAAAGGUGUCAAAGGCUUGUUUCAACAAGUUCAGGAGCCAGUGGCAGCUGUUGUUAUAAUGGCUUGCAAUCGUGCUGACUAUCUGGAAAGGACUAUUAAGUCUAUCCUAAAAUAUCAUGGUUCUGUUGCAUCAAAGUUUCCAGUUUUUGUAUCCCAGGAUGGGUCAAAUUCUGAUGUUAGAGCAAAGGCUUUGAGUUACAGUGAGUUGACCUACAUGCAGCACUUGGAUUACGAACCUGUGCAUACUGAAAGGCCUGGAGAGUUAAUUGCAUAUUACAAGAUUGCACGUCACUACAAGUGGGCAUUGGAUCAAUUGUUUUUCAAACAUAAUUUUAAGCGAGUCAUCAUACUUGAAGAUGACAUGGAGAUUGCUCCUGACUUUUUUUAUUUUUUUGAGGCUGGAGCAGACCUCCUUGACAAAGAUAAGUCCAUCAUGGCUAUAUCCUCAUGGAAUGACAAUGGGCAAAAGCAAUUUGUGCAUGAUCCUUAUACGUUGUAUCGCUCAGAUUUUUUCCCUGGUCUUGGAUGGAUGCUAUCUAAACCUACAUGGGAUGAGCUAUCUCCAAAGUGGCCAAAGGCUUACUGGGAUGACUGGCUAAGACUAAAAGAAAAUCAUGAAGGGCGACAGUUUAUUCGUCCAGAAGUCUGCAGGACAUACAACUUUGGUGAACAUGGUUCUAGUUUUGGCCAGUUCUUCCACCAAUACCUUAAACCUAUAAGGCUGAAUAAUGUCCCGGUUGAUUGGAAAUCAAUGAACUUGAGCUACCUGAGAGAGGAUAAAUUUGUGAAGCACUUUGCAGCCCUUGUGAAAGCUGCAAAGCCUCUUUAUGGAACGGAUCUUGUUCUGAAGGCCAAUAAUGUAGAUGGAGACGUGCGUAUACAAUACAGAGAUCAACUAGAUUUUGAAGACAUUGCACGCCAAUUUGGCAUUUUUGAAGAAUGGAAGGAUGGUAUACCAAGAACUGCAUAUAAGGGAGUUGUUGUUUUUCGAUACAAAACCAUAAGGCGGAUAUUCCUAGUUGGGCCAGAUUCUUUGGAACAGCUAGGUAUCCAAACCACUUAAUGUCCAAUGAAUUUGUGGUGCAGAUCAAGAGUGUUGUAGCUUAUUUCUUCAGACACAGUGGAAACAACCAAACAUGUUUUAACCAAACAUCUUCUUGGCUGGAGGUAUACAAUCUCUGUAAGUUGUCACGAACCCAGAUGUAUUUGCUCUUAAGAAAACUAGUAGAUUUAUUUCUUAUUACAAAAUGUCAAGUUGGUUACAUUAAAUGAUAUAAAUUACCAUCGAGUAAUAGUAGUAGUAGUCAAUCCAGCCAUUUUGAAAUGUAUGAUUUCUUUUUCUUUCUGACGGUUGUAUUCACUUGUUUUCUAAUAUACAACAUUCAUUUUGAAG